UUGUCGUCGUCAUCUCCCUCUGCCGCAGCCUCCCACCCGCUUCGCCUCUCCCUGCGCGAGAGCUUCGCCGGCUGGCCGCUGCUCACCGGUGGAAGCAUUGCCGCGGGGGACAUGGCGUCGGAGGGGAAGAAGAAGGGCGUGCCGGCGCUGGGCUGGUGGCUGAUGCUCGUCGGCUCCCUCCGCCUCGCAUCCGUCUGGUUCGGUUUCUUCAACAUCUGGGCGCUGCGCGUCGCCGUCUUCUCCCAGACGGAGAUGACUGAUGUACACGGCCGUACUUUCGGUGUCUGGACACUUCUGACCUGCACGUUGUGCUUCCUUUGUGCACUCAAUCUGGAAAAUAGGCCUCUAUAUCUGGCCACCUUCCUAUCAUUCAUCUACGCUCUUGGCCAUUUCCUCACGGAAUACCUGAUAUACCAGACCAUGGCUGCAGCAAAUCUGAGCACGGUUGGCUUCUUUGCAGGAACGUCAAUCGUAUGGAUGCUUCUUCAGUGGAAUUCUCAUGGCGAUCCCCGUGGUUCCCAUGCUGUGAAGCAAUUAUGAGCGAUGGUUGGGUUGUUUGCCUGAUGUGAUCUGGGCCUCUGGGGAAGGAUGUCUGAAGAAAAACCUUUGCCAGAAAGCCCUUGAUGACUCUCUGUGCCAUUUGUACUUCGUUUCUCAUCAUGUUAUUUCGAUUGCAUGGAACAUUUGCCCCACUGGUUACGGACUGGAAAUUCGAACAUUGUAAACGGUUGUAGCCAGGAACUGUAGCAUCUGGUUUGAUGACAUUCAGGCGCACCUGGGAAGACGAGAGCUGCUCAGAUAGUCACCUGUUGAGAGCUGAGGAUGUCAAUAAAGGGGAUAUAAACGAGUACUGUGGACUGUUGCUGCAUUUGUAUGAGUCAAGGGUGUGUGUGUGUGGUUUUUUGUAUUUUUACCCUAUUAAUGAUGCUGCGUGCGUUUGUUCCUAAGCAGUGAACUAGCACUUUCAAUAAAAAGUCGGUCCGCUUUUGAGGAGCCUGCUAGCUCCAUGCCAGAUUAUUAA